AUGACUCCUAAUCUUCAAACAUUCGUCAAUAGCUUUCAAAAUCGUCUUGAACCACCAGUUCGCCAGCAUCUUAAAAAUGUAUAUGGUACCUUAAUGAUGACUUGUGCCUCAGCUGUGGCUGGGGUUUAUGUUGACAUGUAUACCUGGUUCCAAGCUGGCAUUUUAUCUGCUAUUGUGGGAGCAGGUUUAAUGUUAAUGCUGAUUGCCACACCUGAUAAUGGCAAGAACACAAACUUGAGACUUGGAUACCUUCUUGGUUUUGGCCUAACUUCAGGAAUGGGUUUAGGACCACUUCUUCAAUAUGUCAGCUUUAUUGAUCCCUCCAUCAUUGUGACAGCCCUUCUAGGAUCAACAUUAGUGUUUGUUUGCUUUUCUAUUGCUGCUAUGUUGGCUGAGCGUGGCAGUUGGCUCUUCCUAGGUGGAACACUAAUGACUUUACUUACUUCUAUGUCCGUUAUGGCAUUGGCCAAUCUCUUUAUGCAAUCUCACUUCCUGUACCAGACUCAUCUUUAUCUUGGACUUAUGCUCAUGUGUGGUUUUGUACUGUUUGAUACACAACUCAUCAUUGAGAAACGUCGUAUGGGCAACAAGGACUUUGUGCAACAUGCUCUAGAGUUAUUCAUUGACUUUAUUGGAAUGUUCAGAAGACUGCUUAUUAUUCUUACUCAAAAGGAAGAACAAAAUCGCCGUCGCAAACGUGAUUAA